AUGAGCAAAGUAAAAAAAUUUAUUGCAAUUUUAUAUUAGAUUCUAGAAGUAUUAAAUAACAUAAAUUUAGAGCAAAGAAUAUUUCAAUUAUGUUUCUUGGACAAAUAAUGGAACUUCUUUUAUGAUUCAUAGAAUAGAUGAUUUUAAAAAAAUAAUUAUAAAGGAAUGUUUUAACUCAAUAAGUAUAGAAUCAUUUUAUAGACAAAUGUGUCUGUAUGGAUUUAGAUUGAAAAAGAAAAAAGGUUUAAAGGAAUACUCACAUCCUAAUUUUAUUUAAGGAAAAUUGUACUUGAAAUAUUAUAAGCAGAUAGAAAAGAGCUAGGCCUAGUUUAAAGAAAAAGGAAGAAUUAUGCAACAUGUGAUGAUAUGAUUAAAGUGAGCAAUACUUUAAAGGAAUAGAUUUAGAGACUAAAAGAACAGUAAUACUCAUUUCUUUAUCAAUUGAAGGUUCAAUAUGAAAUUCAUAAAAUUCUGUCUAAUAAAAUAAAGUAGCUUCUUGAUGUAAAUAUGUAAUAAAAGUGAUUGUAGUAAUUCUAAAAUUAAUAUCCUGAGUUUUGGAAAUAAUAGAUGAGAAUAAUCUUAAAGUUAAUACGAGGAUGUAAACCAUUAUAUGGAGUUCAAACUUCAGCACCUCUUUAUGAAAUAUUAAAGGAUGAAAUGUUAUAAUAAGAAGAUUUUUAUUCUCCAAAAUAAUUGUCAUUUUAGUGA